CAUUCUGUUGUUAUUGCAAAGCUGGAGCAGUUGAAGACGAUCGGCAGGGAGCUCGCAAUGGGCUCCCAGGGUGGCUUCGGCCAGUCUAAGGAGUUUCUGGAGCUUGUUAAAUCAAUUGGCGAAUCCCGAUCCAAAGCUGAAGAAGACCGUAUUGUCCUUCACGAGAUCGAAACCCUAAAACGUCGGAUCACCGAGCCCGAUAUCCCCAAACGGAAGAUGAAAGAGUACAUAAUUCGUCUUGUAUACAUUGAGAUGCUCGGUCAUGACGCCUCUUUUGGGUACAUUCAUGCCGUUAAGAUGACCCAUGACGAUUCCCUCCUACUCAAGCGAACUGGGUAUUUGGCCGUCACCCUGUUUUUGAAUGAGGAUCAUGAUUUGAUAAUAUUGAUCGUGAACACGAUCCAGAAGGACUUGAAGUCGGAUAAUUUCCUGGUGGUAUGUGCUGCAUUGAAUGCGGUCUGUAAAUUGAUUAAUGAGGAGACGAUACCGGCUGUUCUUCCGCAGGUUGUUGAGUUGUUAGGUCACCCAAAAGAGGCGGUGAGGAAGAAGGCUAUAAUGGCCCUGCAUCGGUUUUAUCAAAGGUCUCCGUCAGCCGUGACUCAUCUUGUAACGAAUUUCCGAAAGAAACUUUGUGAUAAUGACCCUGGAGUAAUGGGUGCUACUCUUUGCCCUCUAUUUGAUCUUAUCUUAAUAGAUGUAAAUUCACAUAAGGAUCUUGUUGCCAGCUUUGUAAACAUCCUCAAACAAGUUGCUGAACGCAGAUUGCCCAAGAGUUAUGAUUAUCAUCAGACACCUGCACCAUUCAUACAGAUUAAGUUGCUAAAAAUCCUGGCUUUACUUGGUAAUGGUGACAAGCAGUCAAGUGGGCAGAUGUAUACUAUCAUUGGAGACAUAAUGAGAAGAAGUGACACAACUAGCAAUAUAGGAAAUGCAAUUCUUUAUGAAUGUAUAUGCUGUGUCUCAUCUAUACAUCCCAGCCCUAAAUUAUUCACAGCUGCAGCUGAUGCAAUUGCUAAACUUUUGAAGAGUGAUGUUCAUAAUCUAAGGUAUAUGGGGAUUGAUGCACUUGGUCGAUUGAUAAGGAUAAGCCCAGAAAUUGCUGAGCAACAUCAACUUGCUGUAAUUGAUUGCUUAGAGGACCCAGAUGAUACUUUAAAGAGGAAAACCUUUGAGCUGCUUUAUAAAAUGACAAAGUCCUCGAAUGUUGAAGUUAUAGUAGAGCGUAUGAUAGAGUACAUGAUAAGCAUCAAUGAUUAUCAUUACAAAACUGAAAUAGCAUCUAGAUGUGUUGAGCUUGCUGAACAAUACGCACCUACCAACCAAUGGUUUAUCCAGACUAUGAACAAAGUUUUCCAGCAUGCUGGGGAUUUGGUGAACCCUAAGGUGGCACAUAAUUUGAUGCGUUUGAUAGCUGAGGGAUUUGGAGAGGAUGAUGAUGAUGAUGAUACUGAAGAUAGUCAGCUUAGAUCUUCUGCUGUGGAAUCUUACUUGCGAAUAAUGGGAGAACCGAAACUUGCAUCUACAUUUCUUCAGGUUAUAUGUUGGGUUUUGGGGGAAUAUGGAAUUGCAGAUGGUAAAUAUUCAGCCUCAUACAUCAGUGGAAAGUUAUGUGAUGUGGCAGAAACACAUCCAAGCGAUGAUACUGUUAAGGCAUAUGCAGUGACAGCAGUUAUGAAAGUAUGUUCCUUUGAAAAAGCUGCUGGAAGAAAAAUAGACAUGCUACCGGAGUUCCAGUCCUUAAUGGAAUCACUAACAGCAUCCCACUCAACCGAUCUCCAACAACGUGCAUAUGAACUUCAAGCAUUUAUCAACCUAGACCCCGAUGCCAUAAACAAUAUAAUGCCAUUCGAUGCAAGUUGUGAAGAAAUCGAGAUUGAUAAAAGCCUUUCCCUUGUAAAUGGUUACAUCGAAAAGUCAUUAAAAGAUGGAGCACAACCUUAUAUACCCGAGCAAGAAAGAUCCGGAACUUUAAAUAUCAACAACUUUAAAAACCAGGAUGCUUGUCCGCAUUCUCUUAAAUUUGUUGCGUAUGAGGUUCCAAAACCUGUAAUUCCAAGAAUGCCCCCGAAAGUACUUUCUUCAGCGGAACUUCUACCCGAACCUGACCCAUUUUAUCAACGGGAGGUCCACCGUAGCCCAUCGGUUGGAUCCAUAUCUGACACCCAACAACUCCGGCUACGGCUUGAUGGGGUGCAAAAGAAGUGGGGCCAACCAUCAACCACCGGUCCAUCAACCUCUGAACCGGAGUCGUAUUUGGUUAAUGGUAGUUCGGAAGUUGAGGUUUCUGAAGAAAAGCAAAAACUUGCAGGUUUACUGUUUGGUGGGAUAAGUUCACGGGGUGAAAAGAAACAAUCACAAUCGGGUGGUCAAACCAAGGGUUCGAAAGUACCCCGUCAUGUGGUUGACCAAACGGGUCAAGUCAAACCGGCUCCUGACUUGCUUGAUUCAGGGUCAAGUAUGGCGAGUAGCUCUUCUUCAAUGGUGGAUCCGUUUAAACAGCUUGAAGGUCUUCUUCUGGAUACAAGCCAGAAAGGUCCUGAUUUUAUGUGUAUCAAUUCAGAUACUUGUAAUCAGAAUCAGAAUCAUGAUGGAAGCUCUGAUGGGUCGAGUAACUUGAAUAACAGAGUGGGUCCCUUACCAACAAAGGGUCCGAAUCUGAAAGAAGCUUUGGGAAAGGAUGCACUUGUUAGGCAAAUGGGUGUAACCCCAACAACGCAAAAUCCUAAUUUAUUUAAAGAUUUGCUUCGCUGAUUAUGGUAUGGAUUCGUCUUCAUUCUUGAUGAUUAUGCCAGGAACAACUUGUGUGAUUCGAGAAGAGAUGAUUUUUUUUUUGUUUCGUUUUUGAUGUUGAGUUUUGACGUUUGUGUAACUUGCGGGAAUAUAUGUACGUUUUCUUCCGGUGUACGAUAAUCUUUUGAGGUGCAUUGUUUUGUUUGUUGUCGAUCCAACAUUAUACAACAUGGAAUAAUACGAGUAGAUUCAUUGGA